AUGGGCACGACUGCUGCUUCCCACCCACCCACCAAGCGGCAGCUGAGGUACCAGCCCCUUCUGGCCCGCGAAUUGGUGUUCAACUGGAGUGCAUGGAUAUCGACAAAGUACAAGACUCCAACAGGUGCCUGGCACGACAACUUUGAGAAUGUAACCUCGACUUUCGAGGAUGAAGUUGGAGUUUAUUUGCGACCUUGGACCCGGGCCUGGUCAAGGUGGGAUGAUGGAGAGCUUGGGUCAUCCAGCGAGGAUGCUUUCACAUACAUAGAUCGUCUGGAAAAGCAGGACCAGUUGAUCUCCAAGUCGGAAUUCUCCACUGCUUUUGGAUUCGCUGCGACAGAAUUGGCAAUGUUUCCGUACUGUGUAUGGUUACACAAGCAUUUCGCCAACAGCAGCCAAGCUUGGGAUGUCGUGGCACAGGGUCGGGAUUUGAACAAGACCAGGUGGGAACUUGUGUGGUUCCCCUACAAGCCGUCCUUCAAUUUUACGAAGCCUUCUGCCAAUGAGUCUUUUCUGUUCUUGGAUGCGGAUGACAACGGCAUUCUCAGCAGGAGGGAGUUCGAGUCUGUUUUUAAGUACUGUAACAGCACGGCACCGCCUAGACAAAACAGUAGCAACUCGUCGCAGCCAUGGACCUUCACCACAGUUUCCACCACCUUGCACCUCACCACCACUUCGACAUCAACAAGCCACGAACCACCGCACUGCUGUGCAGAGGUGUCAGCACGGUGCUUGUCAUGCAUUGCUGGGAUCUCCGCGCAGGAGCUGUGCUCUCGAAGCUCCAUGAGCCUCAUCCCCGGUUGCAAGGGACCUGCGGAGUCUCUCCAUGUGCAGGCUGCGCCGGGCGGCCCCGACGAAAACGCAAAGCACACGACCACCCCGCCAGCACAACAUGGCGAGGACCAGCCCGCAAUCCGCAGCCGCCAGUGUCCGGAUCCUGGAGUCGCCUUCACACCUGGGCUGUCGGGCCAAGUUCAAAGCAAAGAGGAUGGCGUGGCAGCUUGCCAGGCGAGAUGUGUUCGGACCCUGGGUUGUGGCUACUUCACGUACUGGAGGAAUUCCAGUUGUCAGCUGCACCCGAUCGAUGCGUCUUGCCUGCUGCAGUCCCAGGCCACUGGUGGUCCUGCUGUCUGCGCGGCUCAAUUCAAGGCACGGAUUGCUUCCGUGGCGUUUUCCAAGCUUUUGAAAUCUCAGCUGGGCAGCCUUCAUGUGAGCCUUCCAGAAGUACUCGCCCGCCAUUUCGGCACUCCUGUGACCGACGUGCUGGAUGUCACUGGAACACCGGGGACGGUGACGCUUCUACCUGGAAGUUUGCUGGUUGAGGGGAAGGUCCUUUUGCCUGUUGGUACCGCCGUGCGAGAUGAGGCCGACAGGUCAGCCUACGACCGGAGCGGAGAACUCCGAAGGGGUGUGGCAAAGGCAUUGCUGGCAGCCGACGUCCCGUAUGCAGUCGGAGGUGAUGGCAUGAGCUUGGAGGCCUUUCCAUUGACCAUGGAAGUGACAGCGGAUUCCGGGUGCUUCAUGGAGGGAGUGGAGUUCCUCUCCCAUCACCAGGACAUCACGGCGGAUACUGCCACAGAGUGCCAGACCAUGUGCCGCGAAGCCGAAAACUGCACCAUCUUCAGCUACUACAGAGCCACAAGCCGGUGCCUCCUCACAAGAGCAGAUGCCUCUUCUGCUUCGUCCAACAAGGCGGCAGUUUCUGGUCCGGCAAGAUGUGCUUUCAUUCCAGAUGUCUCUGCACGUGACGCCGCUACGUCAGGUGCGGAUGAUUUCUUGGUGAUGGUACACGAGUCUUCUUGGUUCUAUUACGCCCUGGCCGGUCUUUUCGUUUUGCUUGUUGUGAUCUUGACGUGCCUGGGCUGCUGGUGCGAGAGGAGGCAGAAGCGCCAACGUCGCAAGAACGGCAAUUACCAUGACAAGGCGCUGUAUAUGCCCAUCACUAGUGACGAAGGUGAUGAGGGAUCUGCCACGCCCGCAACCGGAUAG